AUGGACAUGUGUAUAUCGGACCAAUUCGUUCCCCCGCAGUUUAAGACAUACGACGGCACCACCGACCCUGAGGCGCACAUCAAGUCGUUCACCAACGCCAUGGCAUUCCGUACGGGGUGUGAUGCUAUAUGGUGCCGGACGUUCUCCUUAUCCCUCGAAGGAGAGGCCUUGGAGUGGUUUAAUUCCCUUCCCAAUGGUUCAGUAGAGAAUUUUAAAAGCUUGAGCAACACAUUCAUUGAGCAGUUUGCUGCAAGCCGAGUACAGGAUGUUACCCUAGUGGAUCUGAUGAAUCUAAAACAAGGAAAGGACGAACCAGUCAAAGUCUUUAUGGACCAGUUCACGAAGACAGUCCGGCGAGUCAGAGGCCUAAGCCUGGAGAUGACCUUGCAGUAUGUGAUGUCGGCUCUAAGGCUGGGACCAUUCAAGGAAAGCGUUUGUCGUACCCCGCCUAAGACUCUCGAGGAACUACGCCAGCGAGCGACAGAUCAGGCCCGAGUAGAAGAGAUGAAGCAGAACUACCGAAGAGAAAUACAGGAGGCGAAGGACAGGAGCGAGGGGAAGCGGGAGGGGCAAUCCCACCGCCCAGGAACUUCAAAGAGGCGAGAGGGGCCAGAGGUCCCCGUUUUCCACAAUAUACUCAGUUAA